AUGGCCGUCGCCUACCUGCUGGGCAACGGCUCCGCGCCCCUCCUCGCCGGCGCCCUGGAGGUCCCCUUCGCCGCCAACGCCUCCGCCUCCUGCCGCCCCGCCGCGCCGCCCUGCGCGGCCGCGCCGCCGGGCGCCUGGGGCAACGCCUCGGCGGCGGCGGUCGCGGGCUGGAACCGCUCCGAGCCCUGCGGCGGCGCCAACGGCAGCGCGGGCGGCGGCGGACCCUGUGCGCCCGCGGGCGGCGGCCCCUCCGUGGUCACGGCCAUCGCCAUCAUGGCCCUUUACUCUGUGGUCUGCGUCGUGGGGCUUUUCGGCAACUUCUUGGUCAUGUAUGUCAUCGUCAGGUACACAAAAAUGAAGACUGCCACCAAUAUCUAUAUUUUCAAUCUUGCUUUGGCAGAUGCCCUAGCAACAAGUACUCUGCCAUUCCAGAGUGUGAAUUACUUGAUGGGAACAUGGCCAUUUGGUACAAUCCUUUGUAAGAUCGUUAUAUCCAUAGACUACUACAACAUGUUCACCAGUAUCUUUACACUCUGCACCAUGAGUGUGGAUCGCUACGUAGCUGUUUGCCACCCAGUUAAGGCCCUUGAUUUCCGUACCCCCAGAAAUGCAAAAAUUGUCAAUGUCUGCAACUGGAUUCUUUCUUCUGCCAUUGGCCUGCCAGUUAUGUUCAUGGCAACUACUAAAUACAGGCAUGGCUCCAUUGACUGCACACUUACGUUCUCCCACCCUGCUUGGUACUGGGAGAACCUCCUGAAAAUCUGUGUGUUUAUCUUUGCCUUCAUCAUGCCAGUCCUGAUCAUUACCGUGUGCUAUGGGCUGAUGAUUUUACGCCUAAAGAGCGUUCGCAUGUUAUCCGGCUCCAAAGAGAAGGACAGGAACCUGCGGAGAAUCACAAGGAUGGUGCUUGUAGUGGUGGCGGUGUUUAUCGUCUGCUGGACUCCCAUCCACAUUUAUGUCAUCAUUAAAGCCCUGGUCAACAUCCCAGAAACUACUUUCCAGACUGUCUCCUGGCACUUCUGUAUUGCUCUAGGAUAUACAAAUAGCUGCCUUAAUCCAGUCCUUUAUGCAUUUCUAGAUGAGAAUUUCAAAAGGUGUUUCAGAGAGUUCUGCAUCCCCACUUCCUCAACCAUUGAGCAGCAAAACUCCACCCGAGUCCGACAAAACACUCGUGACCAUGCUUCCACUGCCAACACUGUGGACAGGACUAACCAUCAGUUGGAACUUCAAGAAGCUGAAACUACUCCACUGCCGUGA